GGGUCAAUGACGCGACAAGCAGCAGAUGUUGUCCUAUUUGUGAACGUAAUGGAUGCCUCCAGUAUAGAUGCUUUGGCAAAAUAAAACAAAUCUUGUCUCAUUAAAUAGAGAAGCCUGAAGUCGACAUAGACGUUAAGUAGCGUGUUGCACUUCGUUAUUUCUGCAUUUAGGACAAUGGCUUCCCUUUUAAACAAAGUUGUAAUUAUAACAGGUGCUAAUUCUGGAAUAGGAGCUGCAACUGCGCUUGCAUUCGCCAAAACUGGUGCAAGGUUAGUUUUAGCGGCGCGGAAUCAGGAGCGACUAAACGAUGUAGCAAAUCAAUGCUCGGCAAAGGGACUACCACAAGAAAAGGUAUUGGUAAAAAGAUGUGAUGUCACGAACGAAGAGAAUCUGAAAGGUUUGGUUGGAUCAGCUAUAGAUAAAUACGGGCAAAUCGACAUACUGGUAAACAAUGCAGGGAGUGCUCAAUAUGUCAACUAUCUUGAAACAACAACGGAAGUGUUUGAUACUACCUUUAAUCUCAACAUCCGGGCCCCCUUUUUUCUCACCAAGCUGUGUACCACACACUUGAAGAAAACUAAAGGAUGUGUGGUGAAUGUCUCAAGCCUUGCGGGACAACGUUCAUUUCCGAUUGCAAUGGUGUACGGAAUGACUAAAGCAGCCAUGGACCAGUUUACAAGGACUCUGGCGGUUGAUCUGGUGAAAGAUAGUGUUCGGGUUAAUUCAGUAAACCCAGGAGUUAUCGACAGUCUGGAAUUUCAGGCUUGGGCUGGCAUGACGGAGGAAUUCUACAAUCAGUACAUAGAAAAACAGAAGGAACUACAGCCUCUGACGGGAGCUGUUGAACCGGAAGAGGUUGCCAAGGUGAUCCUGUUUCUAGCGUCGGACCAAUCAUCAUCGAUCACAGGAGAACUAAUUUAUGUGGAUGGAGGGCGUCACGCAAUAAUGCCCUUGUGAUGUACACUGCACUGACACUAAACAUGUAAAAAGAAUAAGCUUAUAGUGUUCUAUGUAUGGGGCGCCGUUCUGGUAUUUAGUGCCAAAAAGUGAUAUCACCUAUUCGAAUAGGUGAUAUCACCUAUUCAGUUGAUGAUAUCACCUAUUUGAAUAGGUGAUAUCACCUAUUCAUUUCCAUUUUUUUUGGCAGUAAAUACCAAAACGGCACCUCAUAUCUAUGGAUGAACUUUUUCACCAUCAGAAACACAAUUCUAUGAAAGAAAGUUCAAAUUUUCACUUUGGUAGAACAAGUGAAAUUUAGUUUGA